UGAAAAUUUGGCUGUUUGGGGCGCUCAAUGCCCCGAAGCACCGCUACUCAACCAUGACCUCCGUCGCUAGACAGGUGGAUAAUAAGAAGACAACGAUGGAGAAGGGAUCAAAGAAAUGGGGUUUUGAAGGUAAGCAGGAGCUGAAGGCAGCCUCAGCCACCACCGUCCGAGGAGUUCUUAACAUGUUAAUGGAAGGCCUCAAUAAGGAAGAUAGCAGGCCAGUCAUUCCUCUUGGUCAUGGCGACCCCUCACAUUUUCCAAGCUUCAGGACCGCUACUGCAGCUCAAGAUGCCAUCAUUGAUUCUCUACGAUCGGCUAAAUAUAACUGUUAUGCACCCACUGUUGGUGUUCUUCCGGCUAGGAGGGCUAUUGCAGAUUAUCUCAACCGUGAUCUUCCUUACAAAUUAUCACCAGAUGAUGUUUACCUUACAAUUGGAUGUACUCAAGCAAUAGAAGUUGCAUUAGCAGUCCUUGCCCGCCCUGGUGCCAACAUUUUGCUUCCCAGACCAGGCUACCCAUACUAUGAAGCUUGUGCUGCCUAUAAUGGUCUUGAAUUCCGUCAUUUUGACCUUCUCCCUCAAAAGGAUUGGGAAGUUGAUUUAAAUGCCGUUGAGGAUCUUGCAGAUGAGAAUACGGUUGCUAUGGUUAUUAUAAACCCGGGAAAUCCUUGUGGAAAUGUCUUCAGCUAUCAACAUUUAACAAAGGUUGCUGAGACAGCUAGAAAGCUGGGGAUUCUGGUGAUUGGUGAUGAAGCUUAUGACAAUCUCGCAUUUGGAAGCACUCCAUAUGUGCCAAUGCGAGCGUUCGGGUCAAUUGUGCCUGUUCUUACCCUUGGAUCAAUAUCAAAGAGGUGGAUUGUUCCUGGUUGGCGCCUUGGUUGGCUUGUGACAAGUGAUCCAAAUGGCAUUCUUCAAAAAUCUGGGAUAAUCGAGUCGAUUAAGGGAUUCCUCAAUAUCUCCUCCGAUCCAGCUACAUUUAUUCAGGCAGCAGUUCCUCAAAUUCUUGAAAAUACAAAGGAGGAUUUUUUUUCGAAGAUUAUCUGCAUGCUAAGAGAAGCUGCAGAUAUAUGCUAUACUAGAGUUGAGGAGAUGCCCUGCAUAACUUGCCCCAAGAAACCAGAAGGGUCGAUGUCUGUAAUGGUGAAGCUUAAUCUAUCAAUGCUGGAAGACAUUAAUGAUGAUAUGGAGUUCUGCCUGAAGUUAGCUAAAGAAGAAUCAGUCAUUGUUCUACCUGGGAUAGCAGUGGGAUUGAAGAACUGGCUCCGCAUUACUUUUGCCGUAGAGCCUUCUUCUCUCGAAGAAGGCCUGGCGAGGAUAAAAGUCUUUUGCCAACGGCAUGCCAAGAAGCACUGAGUGGCAUAUGUAGGAUGCUUACAUCGGUGGAUUGUAGGAUCUAGGUGA